CUCCCGGCAUGUCCGUGGUGGGCUUCGACCUGGGCUUCCAGAGCUGCUAUGUGGCCGUGGCCCGAGCAGGGGGCAUCGAGACCGUCGCCAACGAGUACAGCGACCGGAGCACCCCGUCAUGCAUAGCCUUUGGACCCAAGAAUCGUUCAAUUGGAGCUGCAGCUAAAAGCCAAGUAAUUUCAAAUGCAAAGAAUGCAGUACAAGGUUUUAAAAGAUUUCAUGGACGUGCAUUUUUGGAUCCCUUUAUUCAAGAUGAAAAAACAAAACUUGCUUAUGAACUUGCCCAGUUGCCAAAUGGCUCAGCUGGUAUCAAGGUUAUGUAUAUGGAAGAAGAACGAACAUUCACCAUUGAACAGAUUACAGGGAUGCUCCUCACAAAACUAAAAGAAACAGCAGAGAAUGCUCUUAAAAGACCUGUAGUUGACUGUGUUGUAUCUGUUCCUUGUUUCUUCACUGAUGCAGAACGGAGAUCUCUGAUGGAUGCGACACAAAUUGCUGGACUCAACUGUUUGCGAUUAAUUAAUGAAACAACUGCAGUUGCUUUGGCAUAUGGAAUCUAUAAACAGGAUCUGCCUGCACUUGAAGAGAAACCAAGAAAUGUGGUAUUUGUUGACAUAGGGCAUUCCGCUUACCAGGUUUCUGUAUGUGCAUUCAACAAGGGGAAGCUGAAGGUUCUUGCAACAGCGUUUGAUUCCACUCUUGGUGGCAGGAAAUUUGAUGAAGUGUUAGUAAAUUAUUUUUGUGAAGAAUUUGGGAAAAAAUAUAAACUAGACAUAAAGUCCAAAAUUCGUGCACUGUUGAGGCUGUCUCAGGAAUGUGAGAAACUGAAGAAGUUAAUGAGUGCAAAUGCCUCUGAACUGCCGAUGAACAUAGAAUGCUUCAUGAAUGAUAUUGAUGUUUCUGGGACUAUGAACAGGAGCAAAUUCUUAGAAAUGUGUGAUGACCUCUUGGCUAGGAUAGAACCACCUCUUCGCAGUGUCUUGGAGCAAGCUAAGUUAAAGAAGGAAGAUAUCUAUGCAGUAGAAAUAGUAGGAGGGACUACAAGAAUACCUGUUGUAAAAGAACGUGUCAGUAAAUUUUUUGGUAAAGAAAUCAGCACCACUUUGAACGCAGACGAAGCUGUUGCUCGAGGCUCUGCCCUGCAGUGUGCUAUUUUAUCCCCAGCUUUUAAAGUGAGAGAAUUUUCUAUCACAGAUUUGGUACCGUAUCCUAUUUCUUUGACAUGGAAUUCCCCAGCAGAAGAAGGAGCGAGUGAUUGUGAAGUCUUCCCUAAGAAUCAUGCUGCACCGUUCUCCAAGGUUCUCACAUUCUACCGGAAGGAACCUUUCCGUCUGGAGGCUUAUUACAGUUGUCCUAAAGAAUUGCCAUAUCCAGAUCCUGCCAUAGGUCAGUUUUUAGUUCAGAAGGUAACACCACAAGUGGAUGGAUCCAGUUCAAAAGUGAAAGUUAAGGUCAGAGUAAACAUCCAUGGCAUUUUCAGUGUUUCAAGCGCAUCAUUAGUGGAGGUUCACAAGUCAGAUGACAAUGAAGAGCCCAUGGAAACAGAUCAGCACCCGAAAGAAGAGGAGAAGAUGCAAGUAGAUCAAGAAGAGCAACAAAAGAGUGAGGAACAUCCACCAUCAGCACAGUCUGAAAACAAGGCUGAGUCGGAGGAAAUGGAGACCUCUCAAGCUGGUUUGAAAGACAAGAAAACAGAUCAGCCUCCUCAGGCUAAAAAGGCAAAAGUAAAGACAACUACAGUUGACCUUCCAAUUGAGAAUCAGCUGGUGUGGCAAAGAGGAAAGGAUGCGUUGAACCUAUUUAUUGAGAAUGAGGGUAAAAUGAUCAUGCAGGAUAAACUAGAAAAAGAACGGAAUGAUGCCAAGAAUGCAGUGGAGGAGUAUGUUUAUGAAAUGAGAGACAAACUCUGUGGCAUGUACGAGAAGUUUGUUGGUGAAGAGGAUCGUAAUAGUUUCACUCUGAAGUUGGAAGACACAGAAAACUGGCUAUAUGAAGAGGGCGAAGAUCAACCUAAGCAAGUUUACAUUGAUAAAUUAACAGAGCUAAAGGCUGUGGGUCAGCCAAUUCAGGCACGAUUUCAAGAAUCUGAAGAAAGACCAAAAGCCUUUGAAGAGCUGGGAAAACAAAUCCAACUCUACAUGAAAGUUGUUCAUGCAUUUAAAGCAAAGGAUGAGCAGUAUGACCACUUAGAUGCAGCAGAAGUGGCCAAAGUGGAGAAGAGUGCAAAUGAGGCCAUGGAGUGGAUGAACAACAAGCUCAAUCUUCAGAACAAGCGAAGUCUUGCUUUAGACCCACUUGUCAAGGUGAAGGAGAUUGAUACCAAAAUGAAAGAACUGAUAAACACAUGUAAUCCAAUAGUCACCAAACCAAAACCCAAGGUAGAACUUCCAAAAGAGGAAAAACCAGCUGAACAAAAUGGCCCAGUAGAAGGCCAGGGAGAUGGCAACAAAGCGUCUCAGACAGUGGAACAGAGUUCUGAUUCAACAGCUCCAGCAUCUACAGAAAAGAAACUUCCUGAAAUGGACAUUGAUUGAUUGAAUUCCAGCACUUGUUUAUAUUAGAAAUUACAAUAAAGCUUUAAGUUGUCAACUUGCGUUUGGAAUAAGAAUGGGAGCCAAAUGGGAACUGCAGCUUGCUCACGGUUGCUCUGUUUUGGGGUAGGAUUGGUCAGUAUGAGGCAUCUUGACUCUCGGGUAGCAAACUAUUCAGUUGAAUAAGUUCAUAUGUUCUGCCAUGUGACAUUAGA